AUGGCUCCGACACUGGAUUUUGAGUCGCAUAUUGCAGGGUUGGCGAGGAGAGCUGCUGUUUUAUCUUCUUCGUUUGAAGCUUCGAGUUCGGGGGAAGUGUACGCGCGGCAUGCGUUUGCGAAGAGGGGUUUGUCGGUCAACCACACCCAGGGUGUUACGCUGGGUGUGAUAGGAGCGUAUGUGGUUGUCAUUGCGUUGUUGUGGAAUUUACCGUAUGUGAGGUGGGUUUUGUGGCCGUUUAAGAUGCUCGUCAUCGCCUUCCACGAAUUCUCUCAUGCAAUCACCGCAGUAUGCACCGGCGGUCGCGUCGAAUCUAUCUCGCUCGACCCCCACGAAGGCGGCGUAACGCACAUGCGUGGCGGCAAGCAAAUCGUCACGCUGCCCGCUGGCUACUUAGGCUCAUCACUCAUCGGCGCUUUGCUCACCUUUUGCGGCUUCAACAUUGUCGCGUCGAAGGUAGCGAGUAUCGUGCUUGGUGUGUGCUUUUUGCUCACGCUGUGGUGGGCGCGCAAGGAUUGGCUGACGAUUUUGACGAUUUUGGGGAGUGUGGGGUUGUUAGUGGGCUUUUGGUUUAUCGAGCAUGGGGAGGCGUUGAGGUUUUUGGUUCUCUUCAUUGGUGUUAUGUCGUCGCUGUAUAGCGUCUGGGAUAUCUGCGAUGAUCUUAUUCUUCGCAAAGUGAAUUCUUCAGACGCGAGUGUUUUUGCGAAGCGCUACGGCGGCUCCUCGCAGUGCUGGGGCGUCAUUUGGUCGAUUGUCUCGCUGCUGUUUAUGGUUGGUGGUAUUUUGGCUGGGUUGGCGGCGUUUAAGCAGAGUUUUGAGCAGCAGCAGAAGGAUAGCCAAGGGUUUAUUCCUACGAUGCGGUAA